AAACGUAGAAGACAUGAAACAGGACACACAUAUCAUCCUCAAGGUCAAUGGCCAGGAUGGGAAUGCAACUUUUGUUUGUAUUGAUAGAAGCAGUCAACUGAAAACGCUCGUGAAAGCUUACUGUGAUCAUCAUUCCGUAGAUCUUAACUCAGUUACUUUCUGGUUUGAUGGGAAUCAACUCCAGGGAGAUCAUUCUCUCGCUGAGCAGCUGCAUAUGAAUGAUUGGGAUCAAAUAGAUGCCAUCUUCUAUGAUCCGAGUGCUUGCGUCAACCUCAAAGUCAGCCUGAAUUUCAAGGGCAAGAUUGAGAAUGAGUUUUUCUCCAACGUUCGUAGAAGCGAUCAAUUGAAAAAUCUUAUGGAUGAUUACUGUCGUCGAUAUUGGUUGGAUAUUGAUGGAGUUGCUUUUCUCUUUAACGGCCGUCUCCUCCGGGCUGAGCAGACUCCUGACGAGCUGCAAUUGGUGAACGGCGAUGAGAUAGAUGUUGUUUUCUAUGAUCAACUUGCACGCAUGAAACUGAAGGUCAAGCGUCAGGAUGGGAAUGAAAUUUUCUUUUCGGUUAACAAAAGCACUCAACUGAAAAAGCUCAUGAAUGCUUACUGUGAUCAUCAUUCUGUAGAUUUCAACUCAAUUGAUUUUCUGUUUAAUGAGCAUCGCAUACAGGAGGAGCAGUAUCCAGAUGAGUUGCAAAUGGAGGACGGAGAUGAAAUAGAUGCUAUCGUCUAUGAUCAGAGCAGACGCAUCAACCUCAAGGUCACGAGCCAGGUUAGUCUUUUCCUACAAAUAUUACCUUUUUUUGGUCUAAAGAUCGUUCAUGUUAUUUCCAUGUUUGAUAUGUGA